UGACGUCACGAGAAAACAUUAUGGCGAUAAAGAUGGACGAAAAGGCUAUGUUUGUAUUCUUCUAAGAGAAAUAGGUUUGUUAAAAAUCAAGAUAAAAGUAUGUUUAGCUGGUGGUCCUCUUUGGAGCCUCCAAAAAGCGAAGGUGGUGGUGAUACAAGCGAGAAACCCGUGGAAGGAGAGCCGAAAACAACUGUUGAGAACUCUGAUGAUUCUAAACCCGACGUCUCAACAAACGAAUCAGAAAGAAAAGGGUCCGAGCUUGAUUAUGCAAAGGACGUAGCUAAAAAUGUAGGAAGCUUUCUUUUCAGUUUUGCUAGUGUUGCCACUAGUACAGCUUAUAAAGUGAAGGACUCUGUUAAAGAAACUGUUGAGAAACAGUCAAUAAUUGGAGAUUUCAAGAAGCAACAAGAUGAAUUUGUGAAGGAAAAGAAUUGUAAGAGAAGAGAGACUGCAGUUCCUCCAUGGGUAGGCUACAAUGAAGAGGAGACCAUGAAAAAUCAAAUCUUAGCCCUUUCAACAGACGAAAGAAACUUUUUGCGAGAUCCUCCAUCUGGUGUUCCAUUCCACUUUGAAAGUGACUCGAUGUAUCCUGUUGCUUUGGCAACUUUGCAAGAGGACAAAAAUCUUAGUAAAAUGAGAUUUCAACUUGUACCUAAAAAAAUUUCAGAGGAGAGAUUUUGGAGAAAUUACUUUUACAGAGUUUCACUUAUAAAGCAGUCAACACAGCUUACAUCAUUGGCUGCUGCCGGUGGUGGGGGCUCUAAUGGCAGUGACAGGCAAAAUGCAACAUCAGAAACAAAGUCUGAUACUGAAUCAAGUCAAAGUGGUGCUGUCAAUGUGCCCAGAAAGAAUGUAGAAACACCUAAUACCCCAGAAGAAGACUUCUCUGAGCCAAUUUCAGAUGAGCACUCUGUACAAAAUGAAUUCAUCAGUGAUUCCUUUGCACAAACAGAACAAGAACUCAGUCAUGAUGACUUGCGGCAAAUUGGAAUGGAAAAGAAACCAGAAGGAGAUCAAAACAAUCAAUUAAAUCCAACAGAAGGAACAAAACCAGCGACCCCUGAAACUCAAGAGGAUAUUCCAGAAUGGGAAAAGGAGCUUCAAGCAGAGUUACAGGAUUUUGAAGUUGUUGACAAUGAGGAUAGUGCUGAGUGGGAAAAAGAAAUUGAAGACAUGCUGGAGGAAGAAAAUGUAUGAAGGCACUUGUCAACUGAUCCCUUACUUUCGGAAAACUUGCUUUAAUUUAUUCACUAAAUAUAUGAAGCAAAAUAAUUUAAACAUUUCAGACAGGUUUAGAGGGGAAUGUGCUGAGUUCUGUAGACUCAAUAUGUUUUGCUUAUGUUAUGGCAUGAUCAUGCAGCCUUGUUAUCAGGUGAGGUUUUUCCAUUAAGUUCAAUUUAUGUCUGUAACUUAUGCUUUUGUGUGAUGUAGAAAUGCAGCUGUAUGUGAUGAUAAAUUGCAGUGAGUGAGAAGAUAAUUUUACAUCAAUGCUGAUUAAAUUGUGGGAUAUUUUAAAAGUGAGUCAGAAAGUUUUGUGGAAGUUUUGAAAAAAUAUAUAUAUAUUGCAUAAUUUUGUGGUAAAGGGGCAGGGGAGCUUGUAUUGGUCAAACUAUUAAGUGGUGAAUUGUGCAAAAAUGCAAUAAUCAGCAGUAUUUUGGUGUAUCACAGAUUUUGUUUAUUUCUUUUGUUAUUAGUUAGAUACCUAGUGUCAAACUUGUACUUUUGGCUGCCAAGCACAUUGCACAAAAUUCUGUAUAACUAGUAGAAACUCAAGGCAGCAGAGUCUCACAAAUGAAAAGCAGAGCUCUUUGCAAUUCCUCUCGCACCUUUAGCAUAAGCCUUUGUGUAGUUCGUCCAAUCAAAACACUCAAAAAGUGGUCAGCUGCUAAGAUUAAAAACACUCAGCCUCUAAAACUAAAAACAAUCAGUGUAAAGAUCCAUAAGGUAACAUAUUCUAUAUUGUGAUAUUCAUCUCUAAUUUUGAAGUUGAAUAAAAAGG